AUGACGACAACAGCUCGAUCAUUAUGCUCACAACGACGACCGUCGGCGUCGCCAGCGGCUCGUUUUGCUGCUUCUCCUGUCUACCGAGGGUCCCUACAGUCCGAUCCCAGGCCCCAAUGCCAGACGAGGGGCAAGAAAACCAGGACCGUCGUGCGUUUCGAAGACCUGCCGCAGGGCAUCGUUUUGCCCGCCGCACCAAUUGGGGCAAACGAACGUGGCACCAGUGCUAGCAAUGUUAGUAAUUCGAAUGCCGGCGAGGACAGCCAGUCCAGCGAGACCCCCAGUUCGGGCCCAGACACGGGUGGCCCUGCGUACCCAACGGUCAUUCUGCAGGCCCGCCGCAACAUGCACAAGUUUGCCAACUGCGUGCUGCUGACCCGCGUGGGCGGCUUCUACGAGCUGUACUUUGAGCAUGCGCAAGAAUACGGGCCGCUUCUGAACAUCAAGGUGGCCUCCAAGAAGACAAACGCAGGCCCUGUGCCUAUGGCAGGCUUCCCCUUCUUUCAGCUGGACCGCUUCCUCAAGGUCCUCGUCCACGACCUCAACCGCUAUGUAGCCAUAGCCGAGGAGUUUCCCAACUCAGCCGCCGACAAGGUCAAGUCGGGCGGUCUGAUGCAUGACCGCCGUGUGGCGCGAAUUGUCACGCCGGGCACGCUCAUCGAUGAGAAUUUUAUGGACCCCUACACAAACAACUAUGUGAUGGCCAUCCACGUCGAUGCGGUGGAUAGUGUCAGUGCCAGCAUUAGUGCUGAUGCUGGUGCAGGUGCUCCUGUCAAUGUCCGUACUGGUACGAGUGUCCGGCCGUACGACGGUGAUGCCACUUUGUCAGCCCCGUCUGCAGCCCAAUCUCCACUCUCCCUCCUGUCACAGGGGACCCUGACGGCUGCGCCCCUAGCGUCUGCAUCGCCCAGUUUGUCGUCCGUGGCCCUUGGCUUGGCCUGGUUGGACCUCUCGACCGGCCACUUUUAUACCCAACCUACGAACCUGGCUGCCCUGAGUUCGGCCCUGUCACGUGUAGCACCCCGGGAGAUUGUUUUGGACGAGAGGCUACAGCUGCUGCGGCGUCAUGGUCACAGUGACAGUGACAGUGGGAGUGGGAGUCCAGUCCACCCGCUAUUUUCAAUUAUAGACGAGGACCGCACUCAGCAGCAGCAGCAGUUGAUCACGUAUGCCUCGGCACCGCCAAUAGCGGCUGAAGAAGCCGGAAGCGAAGCUAGCCAUGACCGGUCUGCACUGCUGUCGGAAUGGAAGCCGGUGCUGGAGUCGGAGAUCUCGGCUCAGACCGCAAAGGACUUGACGGGCGAUGAAAUUUCUGCCGGCAGUUUGUUGCUGCACUAUGUCAAAGACCGGUUGCAAGGCUUGUCCAUGAAGCUGCAGCCGCCCGUGCGCUAUGAGGGCAUGCAGGUCAUGACCAUUGAUAAGAACAGUAUGCGCUCUCUCGAGAUCAAGCAGACUGUGCGUGACGGCUUCUUCCGCGGCAGCCUGCUGCAUGCCAUUCGCCGGACGGUGACAAAGAGCGGCGCCCGUCUUCUCAACGAGUGGCUCAGUGCCCCCUCUACUUCUUUGGAUGUCAUCGUAGCACGACAGACUCUCGUGUCGCGCUUCGUCCAGGACGAAGACCUCCGCGACGGCAUCACGCAGCUGCUCCGCCGCAGCCACGACUCGCACCGCCUCGUCCAAAAGUUUGCCCUCGGCCGCGGCGACCCGGACGAUCUCCUCGAUCUGGCCAAGACCAUUACGGCCACGGACGACAUUGUCGGCCUGCUGCGGCACGCGCAGCGCAUCCACAAGGACGCCGUCGAUGAAGAGACGGAAGAGAGCCUCGAGGCCAUUGCCGGGCGCAUCCAGCUCGAGCGGCCGCUAGCGAUUGCCAGACGCAUCCGCGACUCGGUUGACGAAGAGGGCCUUAUUCACCAGCAUGAAAUGGACGAGAACGAGGCUGACGCCAUGAUGUCUCUGGCUGAGGAGGUCGUCCAAGCGGAGGGCUCUCUGCAAGAAGACGGGUCCGUUUUGCGGCGCAAGGGCAAGGAUGCCAAAGCAGCCGCCGCAGCAGCCGCAGCUUCCGAGGCAGCAUUAAGUGGAACAAAAGCCACGGCCACAACGAGACGGAAUAAGAACGCGUCCAUCCGCGAUUACUACGGCGAGGACAACGAGGCGUGGGUGAUGAAGCCGUCUGCUAGUAAGAGUUUAAAGAUGCUCCAUGCACAGCUCGCCGACCUCACGCGCGACCGCGAAACCCUGACGGACGAGCUGCGCACACGUCUUGAGGCGCCCAGUCUGGUCCUCAAGUGGACACCCGGCUUGGGCCACAUCUGUCACGUUCGCGGCCGCGACGCCAAACGUGGACGGCCCAAGAAGGAGGAGGACGGGCCCACGACCAUCUCAUCAAGCCGCACGACGCGGUCGUUGCAUGUGCCCGAGUGGACGUCGCUGGGCCAGAAGCUCGACCAAGUACGCUUCCACAUCCGUGCUGAAGAGCAGCGCGUCUUCCAUGAUCUGCGCGCGGCCGUCGUACGGAGUCUCGUGCCCCUGCGCCGCAAUGCCGCUGUCCUCGACGAGCUCGACAUUGCCACCUCAUUUGCGCGGCUCGCCCUCGAGCAGAACCUCUGCCGCCCGUGCCUGCACCGCGGCACGUCCACGGCCAUUGUCGGCGGCCGCCACGCCACCGUCGAGGGUGGCCUGACGGAGCAAGGUCGCACAUUUACACGGAACGAUCUCAUGCUGGGCGACGGGGCCGAAGGCGGUGCCUCGCGCAUCUGGCUCAUCACGGGGCCCAACAUGGCCGGCAAGUCGACGUUCCUCCGGCAAAACGCCCUCAUCACCAUUCUCGCGCAGAUCGGCUGCUACGUGCCGGCGGACUACGCCGACCUCGGCCUCGUGGAUGCUCUCUUUAGUCGUGUCGGCUCGGCCGACAACCUGUUCCGCGACCAGAGCACAUUCAUGGUCGAGAUGCUCGAGACCGCGCACAUUCUGCGCCAGGCCACGCCGCGCAGCUUUGUCAUCAUGGAUGAGAUCGGCCGCGGCACGACGCCCGAGGACGGCACCGCCGUGGCCUAUGCGGCGCUGCACCACCUGGUGCACGUCAACAAGUGCCGGGGCUUGUUCGCGACGCAUUUCCACGGGCUGGCCGACCUGGCGGCCGCGGACGGCAUCGCCGCUACCGCCGCAGACGCCAACGCAGACGCCAACGCAGACACGGCCAUGCCAUGCUCGUUCCCCGUCGAGCUGUACUGCACAGACGUGGAAGAGGACGGUGCGGGGGGGUUCGUCUACGUGCACCGGCUGCGCAAGGGCAUCAACCGGCAGAGCCACGCGCUCAAGGUGGCACGUCUGGCCGGGCUGCCAGAUCAGGCGAUCCAGAUCGCACAGCGUGUGCUGGCCAAGAGCGGUGUGCCUGCACAGGGGUCGUAG